UGCUGUAGAGGGAUUGGGCCGAUGAGCAAGAAAGCGGAUUGGUUUCUAUGUUGUCACAGAGAAGGGCGUGUUUUCUCUAUUUAAACCAAUUGCUCUGCACAGAUUGCACAUACGUAGUUCACCUGUAAGAAGAUUGUCAACGUAUACCCCGGCAUCAGCAAUCAUUCACAAUGAGUGACAACAAUCCAGUGAAGCAGGGUGUGGAGACCUUCGAUAAGAAGUGCCUAAAAAAGACCAACACAGCAGAGAAAAACACUCUGCCUACCAAGGAGGAUAUUGAACAGGAAAAGAAAGCAGCAGAGGUCUCCAAGUAAAAUGAUACCUCUCCUGCAUCUCCUCCACCAGGCAUCACUGUCUACUCCUCUUCUGCUUGCUGUAUCACCAUGCUUACUCACAGUGGCAUAGCCUUUUCUGCUGAGGGUCAUAGGGUGCAUGAUCCCACAGGGGAGGGACACUGUCAGUCCAUGUACAAUUAUUCCAAUGAUUGUGUUUGUGCUUUUAUCAUGCAGUCAAAGUGUAUGCAAAGAAGAAUGAAACAGGGUCUUGGUAACCUCAUAUACAAUUUACAAGCACAUCUGAGCAAGUUUGAGAAAAUUGUGUUUAUGCCAGUUGAAAACAUUUGCUGUUCCUUGUCAACAAUGCCCAAUAUUCUUCCUGUACAUGGUGCCAUUCUGGAUACGUUCUUUAAAAUUACAUGUAAGAAGAUAUUUUUGUUAUAAUAAAAUCUGUUUUAAAUUGAA